UAUGAAAUGCAUCAUAUUUGUAUUCAACAUUUUCUUUGGUUUAUUUUAACUGCGUGUAUCCUUUUUUUUUCAUCUAUCCAAUUCUCCAUCCAUAUUCAAUGUCUAAGGGGUUAUUUCGACACAUUAUCAUAGGCUCGUGGUUUCCAUGGUGCCUAUCGGGGGGAUUAAAGUUGCAUUCUAGCAGCCUGCAUUAAGAAACCUCGAAGUGUCAAACUAAACAAAUGGCCUUUGACCUACUGUAACCCGGACAUACAAAUUAAGAGGAAUUAGUCCUUUAUUUAUGUGUUUGUUAUCUUUUAUAGCCGACUCUCGGGUCAUUUUCACCUUUCCAUUGUGUUGUCUUCCCACCACCAUCAAUCACGGCCCAAUCAUCUCCUGUUGUUAGCGCUGUGGGACGGCCUGGCUGCUCUUAUCACCCGUCGUCCCACAGGUGUCGAGCUCACUCCGCUCUCACUAAAAAUGACAACAGGAGCUCUGCGCCUCUGGCUCGUCCUCGCUCUGCGGCUGAGAUGCGUCGCCGUCCCGCUGGACAAGGGGAGAGCGGGGCGGCACGACGGCUCGGACGCGACGAACGCGGCGAGCGAGAAGGUGGACGCGUUGAUGCACGUGAAGGAUUUACCUCGAGCAGCGGUGGCUCCUCAUAAGAAGGCGCCUCAGUUCAUGUUGGAUCUUUUUAACGCGGUGUCCGUCUCCGACGGGAGCCAGAAGGACAUUCUGGAAGGAAACAUAGUGCGGAGUUUCGAGGAUAAAGGUCAUGCCGGAGAGAGGUUUCACUUCUUCAAUCUGUCAUCUUUCGGCAGAGAGGAGAGAAUGAUCAAAGCGGAGUUCCGUUGGUUUCGAAAGAAACAGAAGUUUUUCUUUGGAAAGUCCUAUGGGCCACAUUUCUACAAGGUGGAUCUGUAUGAGGUGCUGGACAGCCGAGUGAAGCCAUGGAGAGGAAACCUCAUCACCUCCAGACUGGUGCCCCUUUACACACAAGGAUGGGAAGUCUUCAAUGUCACUCAAACGGUGUCAAAGUGGAUCCGCAACAGCCAGGAGAACAAUGGCAUCCUUGUGGUGACCACACUUCCCUCUGGAAACUGGAUGGAGUCAGUGGUGUCCUCGUCGAAGCGGAACGGAGGGCUGACGGACACAAACGCCUACCUGGUCAUAUUCUCAGAUGACGGGAGGACAGGAGCAUCAAACCAGUCAUACCUGGGACAAACCCAACCUGCGGCGGCGGCCCCUGAGCUUCACGAUCACCGCAGCCGGAGACGACGUGCGUCUCCAGGUUUCCUGCCCUACGGCCGCUCCCAGUCCUGCCAGCGGGUUCCCCUCUUCGUGGACUUUGAGGAGAUCGGCUGGUCCGGCUGGAUCAUCUCCCCGCGGGGAUACAACGCCUACCACUGCAAAGGCUCCUGCCCGUUCCCACUGGGGGGGAACCUCCGAGCGACCAACCACGCCACGGUGCGCUCCAUCAUACACGCGCUCAAGCUCUCGGGCGACGAAGUGGGAGCCCCCUGCUGCGUUCCCGACAGACUCCAGUCCAUCAGCUUGUUGUAUUUUGACGACGAGGAGAACGUGGUUUUGAAGCAGUAUGACGACAUGGUGGCACUCAGCUGCGGCUGCCAUUGACUGGCUGAGCAUCUCCUGCACUCUUUAACACUGGGACAAUGAGGGAUGGGGAGAUGAUGGUUUGCUUCAGUUGAUUAAAACGCUGUAUUUUUUUUCGCAUAUGUUAAUUAAUGUAUUAUUUUUGAGAAGGAAAAAAAACUAUUCCUCAGCUAGUAUCCUUUGAUCAUUUGAAUAGAUUUACAAUAAAGUAAAAAAUAUGCUGUU